AUGACAGAAGUGGUGAUGAGAAAUCAAUUUGGAAAUUAUGAAGCAACAUUUUGUGCACAUGACGAAGAACUUGUUGGUUCUGAAGUUUUCAAAUGGAUUACAAUAGCUGACGCUAUUUGGACCUAUGCACUUCCAUUAGGCGUUACGAUAGUCAGCGAUUUAGCUGUUCUAAUAGGAUUUCAACGUUUAUCCAGAUUUACUGUAGUGAACAAAGAGGAAAUUCAUCGACCACUUUGCAAUUUAUCAUCGACUAACUUGACUUCGUCUAGCCGAAGAUCAUCACCGGCUAAUUAUGGUGGAAUGAAGAUUCAGUCUAAAAAAAGCAUAAUGACCGGUAAUUCUCGUCGUCAUAAAGCAAUACGUCGUUGUUUGAUAAUGGCAACAUUACAACUGCUUUUGACGGUACCUAACUACGCUGUACAGUUGGCUGAUGGGAUAUUCCAUCUGCAAGAUCAUACCUCAACAGCAAUUUUAUAUAUAUAUGUAGAUGCAUGCUGUUAUGUUCUGUAUCUAUUCCAAUUUCCACUAUUAGCCGCCUACGUUUAUUGCUUUAUAAAGAUACAGCGUAAAGACAUCUUUAUGGUUGGUGUCACCAAAACUGCAUCUGUAGUUGGUUCGGCAUGUCAACACUGUGUCAGUUCAACAUUUCUGCUGUUUGGACGAAAAACCUAA